AUACUCGUAUAAUAAAUGAUAAAUCCCCAUUUUGUUUUGCAGGAUAACACUGACUUAAAAAAAGAAGGCUCUUUAACUUCCCAAAAAAAUUUCCUGUGCGAUGUAAGAGGAUACGAUUUCGUCGACGAAUUUGUUCCACUAUACUUCAAGGCAUUCGAUUCAAAUGAGCGUCAAUCUUUGAAAGAACUUUACCAGCGCAAUGCAAUGCUUACAGUUUCCUUUAAUUAUCAUAUUGCCCAAAUGACGUCGCAAAAUUUUCGACGCAUAUCCAAGUAUCGUGAAAAUAGUAGAAAUAUUUUAAAAAUGUCAGAUCUCUCUCGGGCCCACACAACUAUACAUCUGGGCUCUGACCAAAUUAUGCAAACCUUUUUGCAACUGCCCAGUAUACGACACGAUUUGUUGACUUUUAGCACAGAUACAACGAUUUACAAUGACAAAAUUAUAGUGAUAACAAUCAGCGGCGUCUUUUACGAUCAAGCACCAAGCAUGAUGGAUAAUGACAUAUUAAUGGCAUUCACGCGCAGUUUUGUACUCACACCGGUAGAAAAGCACCAAGGGAUUCUCGGCAGAGCUAUAAAGUACCAAAUUUGUAAUGAACAACUUAGUAUAUACAACCCAACGGCCCAGCAAACUAAAAAGGCAUUCAAGUAUUUUAAAACAGAGGGGCAGAACAAUGACGACGAAGUAACUGUAGCCGAUAAAGAAGCUCUCAUUAUAAUGUUUCAAGAAGUAACAAACCUCAAAUGGGUAUGGUGUACGCGUUUCUUAGAUGACGCAAAAUGGGACAUCAAAAAAUCACUUCUGCUUUUUUUAAGUUUUUGUGAGAAAAAACGGAUACCUGAUACGGCCUUCAAUUAACCUAAAUAAUACCUAAAAAUAAAUCUCUAAAAUAGUUUUCAUUUACUUAAAACGAA